UCUCCCGUUAAUGCAUGAGCGGAUCCAACGAAAGAAGUAGUUCAUGCAAGACUAUAUGUAUGCGCGUGACUAUCUUAAACUUAUCGCAGACGUAUCAAACAUUUUAUCAGGACAUACAAAAUUUUCCUUUUUCGUUGAAUACAUUUUGCUAUGGAUCAAACUGAGAGCCUUCCAGUUCUGUAUAUUCGAGCCAGAAGUCACUACGAUGUAGGAUUUUCUAUUGGGACUACCUUCAAAGGAUGGAUUCAGGACUACAUAGACACUUCAAACGAAUUUAAACAGUAUAGAACGUUUUACAACGGAAAGGAAGGACAACGGAUAGUUGAUCAGUACAUGUCAACCGCCCGUACGUCCCAUUCGAAUAUUAUGUCAGAAAUCCAGGGCAUGGCGGAUGGGGCGGAAGUGAAGUUUGAAGAGCUUUUUCUGGUGCAGAUUUCAUCAGAACUAAAGUUUUGUCACUUGGAAGAAAUGUUUAGAAGAACGGAUGAAAAAGAAAAUGGUGAGAAAGGAUGCACUGAUGUUCUGGUUAAUAGAAAACAAUGCAGGAUUAUCGGACAUAACGACGACUGGACAGAAGACGUGUCUUCCUGCGUUUGUAUUGUGCACGUGACUAUAGCAGACGAGAAAGAGCGCGUGAUUGAGCAGUUUGUAUCUUUCAAUCACCCAGCUUAUUUAAAUGGAUUUUGCUGUGGAAUGAAUAAGUCUCUGGUAAUAAGCCUGAACUCAUUAUUACCAAAGAAAGCAAAUAGGACAGGAGUUCCCUUGGCAAUACUGCUGCGUUCACUACUCGCGUGUAAUACCAUUGAAGAAUGUUCUUCUGCCAUGGAAAGUAAACCGUAUGGAUGUGCUUACGGGCAGGGUAUAAAUAUUGCCGCUAUUAAUGGAACAGAUAUGUGCUCGAUGGAAGUAUAUCCACUGCAGGGAAAGACUGAGGUCAAGGUCAGAAACGUUCCUCUCGAGGGAGAUGCGGACGAACAGUGUUACUUCUUUCAUCAAAAUCAUUAUAAACACAUAGCUGCUGAAGAAACUGGACCUUGCACUGGAUCAAAGCUUCGAGACAAGAGAACCAGCGAAAUGCCUGAACCGGAAACUGUUGAUGACGUCAAAGCUAUUCUUGGUGAUACAGAAGAUGGCGUAGAACCAGUCUAUCGCAUGCCUUGUGCUGCACACUAUGCACCGGAUGUGAAAACGGUGGCAACUGCAAUUUUCAGUAUCACUGAAAAUCUGUUACAUGUCUACCGAGCCAAUCCCAAGCUAGCGUCAGCUCCCUGUCUGACUCUGCCAUUUCUGUGAGGAGUAGGGGAGAUUAUGCUUGGAUGUGUUCUUUUUCAGUAUGCUAGAUAUAAGUUUCAAAAGAGAAUGACCAGUAGACUACGAGAAAACCUCAUCAAUGAUAAAAUAUGAAAAUAUUCAGACUAUAUUCACACAUACUGCAUUUUAGGACCACCAUCAUCAGAUGGUGGGUUAUUCAGAAUUAACAAUUUCUCGUUAUUGCAUCUUCUCAGAAACUACUUGGCGAAUUUUGACCAGACUUUUUCAGAAUGAUGUGUUGGUACCCUAGUUGUGUCCCGCUGAAAAUCAGACUGGUUUAACAAUGUUU